GUUAGGAAAGAAAUUGAUAUUAAUAUACAGAGCUGUCGUCAUCGAGCACUCAAACAAGGCCUUUGAUGACAUUUAUUCAAUUUAAUUCAUUUUCUAUUGCUUCGUCACUAUCAAAACUUAACAUUUAGCAGCCUACGUACAGGUACGGUAUCAGCCUAAGCUCACAAAGCGGCCGAUUUGCCGUCUUUGGUUGUUCGGUUUAAAUUGAAAGCCAUCAGAGAUCGACUGACAAAGUUACAAACUCGUAACUGUUAGUGAUAGUGGGGUCCUAGGUCACGUACGGUGAUAGUGCGGUCCCAGGUCACGUACGGUGAAAGUGCGGUCCCAGGUCACGUACGGUGAUUGUGCGGUCCCAGGUCACGUACGGUGAUAGUGCGGUCCCAGGUCACGUACGGUGAUAGUGCGGUCCCAGGUCACGUACGGUGUUAGUACGGUGAUAGUGCGGUCCCUGGUCGCUGUUACCUCUCUGGUGCCUUCACCCGCGUCGGAUGAAGGGUCGUCAUGGGCAAUUGUCUUCAGCGUCUCGGUCUGUUCCGGGAGAAGAGGCCAGUGACGCUGCUGCUGGUGGGGCUCGACAAUGCCGGCAAAACCACCGCUGCUAAGGGCAUUCUUGGAGAGCCCCUGGAGACGGUGGCGCCGACGCUGGGCUUUGUGCCCGAGGUGCUGCAGUACCGGGGCUGUGAUGUGACGCUGUUUGACCUGGGGGGCGCCGCCAAACUGCGGCCUGUGUGGACCAGAUACUUUGCCGAGGUGCGUCAGUACGUACUUGUUGGGUCAGGACUCAAGCCGAGCGCCACAGACCGCGUGGACGAGUGUCGGGCGGCGCUGCAGGAGCUGCUGGCGCACCGCCGCAUCGCCGGCAAACCCGUCCUCAUCCUGGCCAACAAGCAAGACGUGGACGGCGCUAUGGAUGAGAUGGACAUCGUCGAGAUGCUGGAUAUCGAGACGACGGUGAACAAGUACAAGUGUCCGACCCGCGUGGAGACCUGCUCGGCCAUCGCCAUCAGCAGCAACAACAAGCCUGACAAGCCCAUCGCUGACGGCUUCAGGUGGCUGCUGGACACAAUUGUGGUGCACUACGCGGAGCUGCAGGGCCGUGUGGAGCACGACGUGGAGAAGGAGCGCCUGCGAGCUCAGCGUAAGCUGGAGCAAGUCAAGGAGAGGAUCAGGCAUCGCCGCGCUGAGGAGGAGCGACUCCAGCAGAUGUCACAGCAGGAGACGGUCACUGCUGACGCUGAAGUAGAAGACGAGGUCGUCGUGGUGAGUGGCGUCACAGAAGGUGAAUGUGGAGACGAGGACUCGCCUCCUACCAGAAGACCUCUCGCUCGAUCUCCUUCAGAGGCGCAGGAGCUGCACGAGCUGGGGCUGCCUUCGAACACGAGUUCCUUGGCCGCCCUAACCUCCACCAGCGGCGAAGUUAGCGCCAGGGAAAACGACGAUCAGAACGGUAACGUCGAUGUCAGCUCCCAACCUGACGCUGUACACGCUGAAACUGUAAUGGCUGAGUCACCAAGUUUGCAAGUGCACAGAUCAGAUUCAGGUCACUACGCAGACAACGGCAGCCACCGCAUCAUUGUUGUUUCGUCACCAUCAGAUCUUAGUCAUCUUACGCAGACCCCAGCGCCACUUCAGAACUCCUCAAACUCCCUGCCUCAGAACUCUUUACACUCCCUGCCUCAGAACUCCUCACACUCCCUGCCUCAGAACUCCUCACACUCCCUGCCUCAGAACUCACAUUCCCUGCCUCAGAACUCCUCACACUCCCUGCCUCAGAACUUACAUUCCCGGCCUCAGUUGUCACCUCUCGCUCAGCCCACCCACCGCCUACAUGAUGGCUUGACUCUGAGUGUGCAGCUCUCGCCGAUGAGAGAGACGCUGGACCUGCAGACAGGCGAUGAGGACGAAGGCGGUGACUGCGUCAGGAUAGAUUCUGACGAUGAGCUCUUCGACAUGGACGAGCGCUGCUCUGCCAGCGCCGCUACAGCUUAUGUCAAAGAUCAACUGGAGACGAGUUUAUCGCGACAUCCGAAGAAGAAGUCAUUCUUGCGUCGCUACCACAAGACAGGCCCCGCUGGAGUCAGUCCCAGCAAGGGUCUCUCCAUCACAUGACACUCGGAGCACCAACACCUGGAGCCAUAUGCACAAAAAUAAUUAUAACGCCAAACUUUCAGGAGGUUACAAUUUCAGUUAAACGUGAAAUUCGCAGGUAGAAGUAUGAAUUGUCUGGAGCCCUAUCGCUUACGAUGGAGUAAAAAUUGUUGGAGAAAGUGUGUGUGGUAUUGGAAAUUUUAUGUGAGAAGAGUUCUAGUCCCCCUACAUUUACAUGCUCUUUUCUAGUCAAUAAUUAAGUAAUUUAAUGCUUAGCAUUUAAAUUAUAAAUAAUAAGCAUUUCAUGACAGAUUUGCUAUUACAGGAAAAUACUAGUAAAUUUUUUCUUAAUGCUCCCCAGUUGUGCGCGCUCGAAUUGGGCCAUUUUUCCAGGCAUAAAUGUAACCGAGGAUCGUCGACAAUAUAGCCCAACUGUCAUUGCAUUCUGCCAGCACAAAGUUAGUUGAGGAUAUUGCCGUCUUUAAUUGUAAGGUCUUGUCUUUGUUUUUAGAAGAUAGUUAAUCAUCCUCGUUG